AUGCCGUUGUUGGUAGCCAGGUUUGCGCUUAGACCGUGUUCGAAACCGGCCCUCGGUCUAUUUCAAUCAAGUAUAAAAAGCAACUUGAAGAGGCACUUUUCUCAACAACAACAACAACAACAACCAAGAUUAUCCACCUCGAAUUGGAGCAGCAGUCCAUUUGCCAAACUGGCCAGUGUGAAAUCCAACCUAACAUUACUCAAAUCACACUCUGUCCCUCUCGUUUCACUUGCAGUUGGACUUCGAUUAGCACAACCAUCCAAAGUCGUUUAUUGUGAUGCCACAUUUGCUUACAAACAACAGCAGCCUGUCCUGAUUACCGAGGCUGUCACUAAAGCCAAAGUGCUUGAUCACAUCUUACCACCACCAGCAGAGAAAGUCAGCAUUGCACAGGAUAUUUGGGAUUUAGUGAAGCCGGAUUUAGUUUUAUUGGGAUUGAUUGUACUGACCGCUGUAGGUGCUGCUAUUGUUCAACUGCAAACACCAUUGGUGACCGGUCAAUUGAUCAACGUCUUGUCGAGUAGUGUGCAAGCAGCAGCAGACGGGUUGGGUGCAUUGACGAUUCGUGAUUUGAAUGCACCUGCUUUGAAAUUGUUUGGACUUUUAACGGCACAAGGAUUUUUGACAUUUGCUCAUAUUUCGUUGGUAUCUGCAUUUGGUGAGAAUGUAGCGAAACGAUUGCGUGCAAAGUUGUUCUCGGCUAUCAUCAGACAGGAUAUCUCGUUUUUCGAUUGUCAUCGUAGUGGUGAACUUGUGAGUCGUUUGACAGCUGAUGUCUCUGAUUUCAAGAGCACCUUCAAGCAGUUGGUCACUCAAGGUCUCAAGUCUGUCACUCAAACCAUUGGCUCCUCUAUUCAGCUAUUCCGCAUCUCGACAUCACUGACACUGACUAUGCUGGGUACAAUGCCUGUUUUGUAUGUUUUGCUCAACAUGUAUGGCGCUUAUUUGAGAAAGCUCAGUAAGCAAAACAAGCAAUUAGACGGAUAUUCAGGUGGUGUUGCAGGUGAAGUGAUUACCAACAUGAGAACUGUAAGAGCAUUUGCAUCAGAGGAUCGUGAAAUGGAGCAUUACGGAGAGGCAUGUCAAAAGAUGGCACAGUCCAAUCAACACAUGGGCCUUCAUAUUGGCCUCUUUCAAGGCUUGACCAACAUCUCUGUGGGCUGUAUGGUAUUGACUGUUUUGUACUAUGGUGGCUCUUUGGUGGUUGAAAACAAGUUGACGAGCGGUGAUCUCAUGUCCUACAUGCUGUCUACACAAACAGCACAGCACUCUUUGGUUUCGCUCGGUGUCUUGUUUGGUCAGUCCAUCAAAGCGGCUGCUUCUGCCACUCGUGUCUUUGAGUUUAUCCAUUUACAUCCCAAUAUGCCUUUGAAGGGUGGUUAUAAGUUGGACCAUGUGCAAGGCGAUGUUGUAUUCCACGAUAUUGAUUUUAGCUACCCUACUCGUCCAGAUCAAAAGGUGUUGGACAAGUUUACGUUGACAGUACCUCAAGGCACUACAGUAGCCCUCUGUGGUCCUUCUGGUUCUGGCAAGUCCACUAUUGCUUCCCUGUUGGAACGCUUUUAUGAGCCUUUGGAGGGUGAGAUCACUCUGGAUGGGCAAGAUCUAAAGACAUUGGAUCCUUCAUGGUUGAGACAAAAUAUCGGUUUUAUCAAUCAGGAACCAGUCUUAUUUGCCACCAGCAUUUUGGAGAACAUUCGCUAUGGUCGUCCUGAUGCCACCAUGGAAGAAGUGAGAGAGGCUGCUCGCCAAGCCAAUGCUGAGGUAUUCAUUGAGGGAUUCCCUGAUGGCUAUGACACUAUUGUAGGUGAGCGCGGUGCUGCCCUGUCAGGCGGACAAAAGCAAAGAGUCGCCAUUGCUCGUGCUAUCCUUAAGGAUCCCAAGAUUCUGAUCUUGGAUGAGGCUACCUCUGCUCUGGACACUCAAAGCGAAAGAAUGGUGCAAGAUGCCUUGGACAAGUUGAUGCACGGUAGAACUGUGCUUGUGAUUGCACAUAGAUUAUCUACUAUCAGAAAAGCAGACAUGAUUGUUGUGAUGGGUAGAACACCAGGCAACAUUUUAGAGAAAGGCACCCAUGAUGAAUUGAUGAACAACCAAUCGACUUACUUUAGACUUCAUAACCAACUGGUCCAUGCUGAAGAAAACCUCUAA